UUCGAGGAGGUGAGACUGCUGUUAACUAUCCAUAGAAGAGCGCAGUUAAGUCGAGAAAGGGGGGAGGGACAAAGAGCAAAGAAUGGCAACGGAGGAGGAGAGCGCGGUGAAAGAGCCUCUCGACCUCAUCAGGCUUAGCCUUGAUGAACGCAUUUACGUAAAGCUUCGAUCCGAUAGAGAGCUCCGAGGAAAGCUUCACGCUUAUGAUCAACAUUUGAAUAUGAUACUUGGGGAUGUUGAGGAAAUCAUUACUACUGUAGAGAUUGAUGAUGAAACUUAUGAAGAGAUUGUUCGGACCACAAGGCGUACUAUUCCUUUCCUUUUUGUCAGAGGAGAUGGAGUGAUUCUGGUUUCACCACCACUAAGAUCAACUUGACAGUCCUGAACCUUUAUGCAAAUCUUUAGAUCAAGAGACUAAUAGUGCUGAAUUAUUUUUUGUCAUUUUAAGUUAGUAUCUCUCUCUCUCUCUGUGUGGAUGUUAUUUUCAAGGAUGAAGGAUUUUUCACUUGGUGUUUCACUAAUUGCCUGAUCCAGGCGCGUUAUAAUAUUUAUCAAU